AACAGCAAAACCCUCAUCUGUUUUUCAUUCAAAUUGUUCUUCCACCAUAAAAUUAUUCCACAAAUAUUUGAUUUAAUUAAAUAUGUCAACAGCUAAAAACUACUUUUCCGGCAACGGCAAGCUUCCGGUGGAGAAGUCUAGUUUUGCCAAGACUUGUAAUCGACUGAGUCUGUUUCUGAAAGAGAAAGGCAAUCUAACCGAUCUUGGAAUCAAUGGAAAUUUUGACGUCAUAGGAAAACCAGAAAGAUCUUCCGAGGCGACGGCGAUGACGACUGUUGAUUUGUUAAGCAAAAUGGAAAGUCCGAUUGAGAAAUCCACAAAAACGGAGGAAUCAAUGAAUCAUCUUCCUCAAUAUAUUAGUUUGGAUACCUUCUUAAACAAAACUGAUUCCAGUAAACCGAUUGAGUCAAGAACAGAGCAAAUGACGAUUUUCUAUAAGGGACAAGUGUUGGUAUUUGAUGGUGUUUCGGCUGAUAAAGCGAGAGAUCUGAUGUUAGCAGCCACUAGUGUUUCUGCUUCUCAUAAUAAUCAAAUCCAUAAUCGUCUUCAAUUGGCCUCAACUUCAGAUUCUUUCGGAUCAGAACAUGUUCUUCAAGGAUUACAAGAAAACGGAUCAGAGUUGCCAAUUGCGAGACGAGUAUCACUUCACAAGUUCCUGGAGAAGAGAAAAGACAGAGCUACCGGAAGAGCGCCUUACCAGUUACACAAUCCGUCGUCGACGGCAGCGGCGACUGCAUCUUCAAAUCGGAAAUUUGACCUCAAUUUGUAGCCAUAUUUUGAGAUCAAAAGAAAUCUUAUUAAUUGUUUAUCAAUGGAUAAUCAUACUCCUUCCACCUCAUUUCAGUUUUAUGUUUCCUUUAGGUGGAGGUUUGCUUUUUUAUUUUUUUACUAUAAAGUUUCCAAAAAACUUUUUGUAGC